CACUGCCGUCCACGAAGGUGAGUAAAUAACUGUCACUAGGAUAGGUUUCCCAUCCCGUAAACCACCCCACUUCACUCUUCCUAUGCAAUGUCGCUUGUCGUCGUUUAUAGCACCCUCAACGAUGGCAUUAUCAAGACUGUAUUCUCGUACUUGUGACUCAACAAGAAUUUAUUUUCAUCCAUUAUCAAUAUUCUUCAAUGUUGCGUCCCGCCGCCGAAGCGUCCGUCAGCGAGUGCAGAAACUCAUCAUGGAAACAACUUCCGCUUCGAAGUAGCGAUCCCGUCCAAGAAAUUCGAUCCUAGCGCAUAUGUAGAGGUGCCCGAUCAAUCCGCUCCACAGCCAGCUACCGUCAACCCAUCCGACGUCACGAGAGUUGUCAACGUCAUAUCCAUGAGUUACAAGGCCGACAUUGAUGCUGCCACGGAAUCCUUACUUAAAGGACAGACAGUCGAGAGGUGGCACUACUAUGAAGCCCCGGCCCGAGACGACAUUGGAGAGGUCCCGUCUGUCGAGCAAGUCAUGAACAUACUGGAGAAUUUCAGGUUUUGCUCCGAUGAGGGCUACUGCGAAGCUUCGUGGAAUCAAUUCAUUUACGGCAAAUUGUUGCGGCUGGCGGUGCCAUUGCUAUGCCGAGGGUCUGAGGGAACAGUGUCAUACAUACCGUGCCCGACCACUAAGAUCAUCGAUUACUAUGUUGACACCAGAGGAUCCUCCCGCAAGAUCGACUAUUACAUGCUCAUCAACCCCGAGGCGCCAUACGCGAGCGCAAUUCAGGAACUCCGGUAUUAGGAUAACCUGUCUCUCAGUCUAUCACACCGGCUACCAGCUCUUGUGCCGAAGACCCAUCGACUGAGCAUCGACACCAAGGGUCCCGACGAAGAGCUCAUCGAUGCCAAGACACAACUUUUGAUCCGGCCAGGGGUUCAGUGGGAUAUCCUCGAACGGCUUGCCAAUCACAACGAAGCCCCCCGGCCUCUACCAGACUUCAUAGCCGGCGUUACAGCUGAGGGUCACAAGUGGUAUAUCGUAGCCAGCACUCGCAAUGGCACCGAAACGGUACGUUACGUCUCGGGCCGUGUCAUGCCUUGGUCAGACACAUGUGGGCUAAUUUGCGGUAGAUAUUUUAGGUGAGCCAAGAGUUGGGCACAACCGAGGAAGCCAUCGGCGUCUGCUCCAUUGUGUGCCUAUUGCAGUACAUGGCACAAUGGGCACGUAUGGUAUCCUGGUCUACCUUUCCGCGAUAUUUCAUCCCGCCACAAACGUUGUUUGCCGCAAGACGACAAUCAGGGCGUAAAGUCAUUAUGCGCUUGGCGGAGGAAGGCCUGCCGCUACUCUAGGACUUG